AUGGCAGCAUGGAGCUGGGCUGGGAGCAGCUACUGCACCCUGAAUGCCCAGCCACGGCAUCCUGAGUACCCAGCUGCUGCAUCCCUUUCCUUUCAGCUGAGAAACAGAUUUAAGAAGAAGGUCCCACUGGGGGCUGAAGCAGCCCACGUUGCUGUCGGGGAAGUUGAAUUCCUGGAAAAGCCCUUCACUGCCUUCAUUCGCCUCAGGCAUGGGGUGUCCCUUGGCUCCCUGGCUGAGGUUUCUCUUCCAAGCAGGUUCCUCUUCAUCCUGCUGGGCCCCCCCAGAGUGAAAGCCUACCACGAGGUUGGCAGGGCCAUGGCCACACUGCUGACAGACGAGCUCUUCCAAAGAGUAGCCCGGCAGGCUGAGCACCGGGAGGACCUCGUGGCAGGGAUAGAGGCGUUCCUGGAUGAGCUGGUUGUGCUUCCUCCUGGGAAAUGGGACCCUAGUGCCCGAAUUCCUCCACCAAGCCAUCUGCCAUCUCCACGCAGAAGGUGGGCUGGAGGGAGGGCACCCCAACCCCUGCCAGCCCCUCUGCAGGGUCCUGCAGGGAUACCUCUGUUUGUGACACUGGAACUUCCAUCUCCAUGGGGAUGAAGCUGCCCAGGAGCCAGGGUGUCCUCCCAGCCAAGCCCCUCCAUAGGUCCCUGCUUUGGUCCCUCCUGCUGUUAGUCCUGCUGUCCCACUUGGCUGUGGAUGGCAAGUCCCCUCCAAAGGGAGCUGAUGGGAACACUGGGAUGCAGCACUUACAUGUGAAAUUCAACCUCUGAGCAGGACACCCUAGGCUCUGCCCAGCUCCUCCACUAAAACCAGUCCUGCAAGGGUUGGCUCCAGAGCUUGCCAGAGGAAAUCAUGGUUGAGUUGGAAGAAACCUUAGAAGAUCAUCAUCUGCCGUGUCUCCUCUUCCUGAUCUUUCUCCUCUCCAUUAUCAGGGGAUGCACAAGCCCUGUUUGCACCCCUGUCCUC